AUGGUAGGCCCCCUUCGAGCACAGUUCGUAUUAUUCGGCUCGUCCAUAGUUCAGAUGUCCUUGAAAGCUGGAGGCUGGGGCUCUAUCCUCUCCGACCUAUACGAUAGAAAGGCAGACAUAAUUGUGCGAGGAUAUGGAGCUUGGAAUUCAAGGAAUGCUCUUCAAGUCUUGAAUAAGAUUUUCCCAACGGAAGCUGCCGUACAACCUUCUUUGGUUAUUGUGUAUUUUGGUGGUAAUGAUGCAAUGCGGCCCCACCCGAGCGGCCUAGGCCCUCAUGUUCCUCUCCCGGAAUAUAUCGAGAACAUGAAAAAAAUUUAUCUUCAUCUCAAGAGUCUCUCAGAUCUAACGCGCAUAAUUUUUCUGACGUGUCCUCCUGUGAACGAGACAAUGAUCAAACAAUACUUUGGCAAUUCAUUUGAUAAGCAAGAACGCACAAACGAGGCGUGCCAUAUUUAUUCUGAUGCUUUGAUCGACUUGUGCAAUAAAUUGGACAUCAAGGUCAUUGAUCUCUGGACAGCGCUACAGAACAGAGAAGAUUGGGCUGCUGCUUAUUUACGAGAUGGAAUACAUUUGUCAUCUGGAGGUAGCAAAAUAGUUGUAAAGGAGAUACUAAAAGUACUUAGAGAGGCUGAGUGGAAACCGAGCCUGUAUUGGAUGUCGAUGAAAACUGAAUUUUCUAAGGAUUCUCGAUUUUAUCCGGUGGAACCCGAUGGAAAAACCACCGUUAACAUAUCGGAUAAUAUUUCACAUUGGAAAAUCGAGUGGAUGGAUGAAGCGGAAGCUGAAGCUUUUAGCUGCAAUCCUUUACCUCGUGUCCUGUUCUGA